ACGGUGAGCAUAGCUUCCGUGAGUAAAAAUGCGCUAUUGUAGCGUUCCACAGUGCAAUACCUAUGCAAACGAACUCGGAGUAAGCUUCCACAGAUACCCUCGUUCAAAAAAGAUGCGGAAGAUCUGGUUGAUAAAGCUCAAAAUGGGUAAAACGCCAGAAAACUUCACCCACUACGCAGUGUGCUCGAAACACUUCUGCGAGAGCGAUUUUAAGGCAGUGCCAAAUGGCUCAAAGCGCCGCUUCCUGAAAGACAGCGCCAUGCCGUCCGUCAACCUUCCCCAACGCAAGUUCGACAGAGCCUCUCGUUCAUUUGUGAGGAAGCCAAGGAACGCCGACCAUCAGCAGUUGGUGGGGACAGGCAGCAUGGAUCCUGACGCCGCCGCAGAUCCGCUGGCAUUAAGCGAUGCAGGCUUGAUGACAGACAGCAUGUCUGAUCACACAUAUGGCUCCCGUUACCAGCCCUCUGAUGCCUGCACACCACAAGAGCAAAGUGUGGAAGAUGUCGAGUGUGCAGCUUGGCAGGAAAGUGACACAGGCUAUGAAGACACAAACGUGCCAGGUCAACACAGCACAUCUCUCCAAACAUGCACCACGCACGAGUAUAUUCAAGGUAUGCAGGUAGACAUAAACCAGCGUGCAGGAAUAGAAUGCAUUAGCAUUGAAUGCCCACAAGAAUCACCACAGCUCGAAGUAUCAACCUUUCUCGAGAAGAUAGUCCGCACAGCAGAUGUUGCUUGUCAAGCCAGCUCCCUUGAGCUCCCCAGGUUUUCGCCAUUGGUGUCUGCAUCCCUGCUGAAGAACGAGCAUGAGCUUGUUGCGCUCACCUGCAUUCCUUGUAAGCAGCUGUUCGAAAAUAUUGUUCCCAUCUACACAGAGAUGCGCAAAACAGUCUCAGAACGAGGCUUUUCUAUUAGUGACGACGAUGCUAUCCUGUUAACCUUCAUGAAGCUGUAUCAUAACCUGACAUACAGUGCCUUAGGCGUGAUUUUUAGGAUCCACAGAACCACAGUAGCAAAGAUAUUUAAAUUGUCUGUCUGCAUUCUGUCAGAAAUACUUGGUCAAGCGACGUACUGGCCUGAGAAGGAGGAAGUUCUGAACAACAUUACGUCCCAUUUCAAAGGCUACACAGACACACGAGUCGUGCUUGACUGCACAGAAGUACCACUACAAAGGCCGAAGGAUCUAAAUUCCAGAAUCCUGACAUACAGCCAUUACAAGCGCACAUAUACUGCGAAAAUCCUGGUGGGAGAGACCCCAGGAGGAAUGAUCAGUUUUGUGAGCAAGGGUUACGGUGGAAAGGCAUCGGACAGCUUAAUUACAGAUGAAAGUGAGGUUCUUGCCUUGUGUGAGCCAUAUACAGACGCUGUUAUGGCAGACAAGGGCUUCCUUAUUGAUAAACAGUGUGAAGAUGCUCGUGUGACCUUGUACCGCCCACCCUUCCUUGGAAAGAAAGGUCAGCUGAGUGAGAGGGCUGCACUGCAGAACCAAUCAAUUGCUGCAGCUCGUGUGCAUGUUGAGAGAGCAAUUCAGCGCAUGAAAGUCUUUAAGAUCCUAAGGGAGCCUUUUGAUGCAGAUAUGCUGCCUUACUUUGAUAAGGUAAUCACAAUAAUCGCAGGCAUUGUCAACCUGUCACGACCAAUCAUCAAUGCUACACGCCUGUGAAGAAAACUUGUGAUGGCUUCUGUGAACAAGCAUUGCACAAAUGCAACAUCCACGACAGUAUAAGCAACAGCUACUAUCAACAGCCACAUUUUUAUUCAAUUUCUCUGGUAAUCCACUGCUUGAAUUAAUCAUCAUUCACUCUUGAGUGCAUCAUACAGGUAUGAGAAGAACAGCUCCUUCAUCUUGCAUAAGAAUGUCUCAUACGCUGCUUCAUCGAAAACGCACUCAACGUUUACGUAACCACCAGACUCUGU